AUGACAAAUGUUAAUUAUUCUACCAAAACGUUCCAGUUCCUUUUAUUCAUCAACCAUCGAUUAGUUGACUGCCAAAGUUUAAAGAAAAGUAUUGACCACGUUUAUGAAACAUAUUUACCAAAAAAUGCUCAUCCUUUCGUUUACAUGAGCCUAGAAUUAGAUCCAGGAAAUAUUGAUGUAAAUAUUUCACCAACAAAGCAUGAAGUUCAUUUUCUGAAUGAACAGCAAAAUAGUUGAAACUAUUACAUCUACGCUAGAAACAAAACUUCUUGGAUCAAAUAAUUCGAGAGUAUUUUUUACACAGG